AUGGGACCUACCAGAGGUGGCAGCGCCCUCACGAACCCUCCCAAGGGCGGUGGCGCCCUUAGUGGCCCUCCCAGGAACGGCAGAGUCCCCAAGGGCCCUACCAGAGGCGACCCUCCUGGGAGCUCUACAGCUUGGAGACCUACUAGGUGCUGGUGCGCCACCAAUGGACCUCACAGGUGUGGGGGCGCCCUCAGGGGCCCUCCCAGGGCAGUCGGCACCCCCAAGGACUUUCCCAGUUCCGGCGGCAUCCCUAGGUGCCUUCUAAGGGGCGUCAGCGCCCUCAAGAGCCCUCCCAGGAGUGGUGGUGCCUCCAGGAAAAUUCCCUGGGGUGGUGUCGAACAAAAACGCCCUCCCAAGGGCAUUGGUGCCCACAGAGGCCCUCUGCGGGGUAUCUGCUACCACAGCGGCCCUUUUAGGGAUGAUGGCAUCCCAGGGGUUCUUACAAGUGAAAUGGCGCCUCCAUGGGCCCUCCCAGAUACGUGGUUCCGUUUAUGGACAAUCAUCGGGGCGGCGACGUCCCUAGGAGGCCCUCCCAAGGCCGGCGGCGCCCCCAGAGGUCCUCCAUAA